AUUCAUGACUUCGAGGCACACUGGAUUUUCCAUUUCCGAACAUACUCCGUAUAGAGCCUUGCAAGGCGCUAUCGGCAUCAGAUACGGAGGUAAUAUGCACUUCCGUGACGUAUGAGCUUGACCGUGGAAACCCGUUUGAUGUGGCGGAUGUGGCUGACAAGGAAGUCGUCACGAGCCUGGUCACGUCCUUUGUUCGAUAUCGGCCAUGUUUGGGGCUCGCUUCACCGAGCCAUCGAAGACCGCACUGCCAAGUCCUAGUCUCUUUAAAGCUCCAGGUCAAGCUGGAUCGUGCUCUCAAAGAAGAGAUCCUCCCUGCUGCUCCGGUGUUUUGGGUUCUUGUCCACAUUGCUGGCAAUUGCUACUAUAUUUACCAGCGAACGUUGAGAUUCAGGUUCAUUUCGCCCAGUCUUGGGGGUCUCCUGACAAGAGUUUAGAAAGCACCCUAAGCGCACACAAUAUGCGGCUGUCCCAUAUCCUGUCAUUCCUCGGCAGCGCGACGCUCGCCCUCUCGGCCGCUGUUGCCCAGGCCAGACCCCCCAUCAACACUCCGGUCCCCAUGCAGCCUGGUGCCUAUCCCAACUGCGAACAAUUUUACAAAGCGUCCCCUGGCGUGACGUGUCAAGACAUCGCAAGCGCCCAUCGAAUUUCCCUCAGGCUCUUCCUCGCCCUGAAUCCACAAGUACUGCUUGGCGGAGGGUGCGAGGGCGGAGCUAUCCUCGCUCAUUACUGGUACUGCGUCAACGGCGUCCCGGGGCUCCCCUUUGUCCGCGGAACACCCACCCGUGGAAACGGAAACCCAGCGAACCCCCCGGCGCCGACGACGACGACCAAGACGACGACGACGCCCGUGGCUCCGGCGACCACGACUUACCCCACGAUCACCUGCAGCGUCGAUGACUGCUGGAGGGCCUUCAGGCUAGCCGUCGGCGGGGCGAGGACGAGCCAGAGCUCGUGGUGCUCGCGGUUCAUGACCUCGCAGUGCACCGCCAGCAACAUACAGUCCUUGGCUGGCGUUCCCAAUCUUGUGGCCCUGCAGUGUACGCAAGCCCCGCCCUGCCAGGCUGUCUAUUCUGGCUGUGGAUGUUACAACGCAGGCUACAUGAACUCCCCGCGAACUUGGGACCGGUAGUCGAGUUUCCGAAUCCUCUCAGCGUGGUUGACACAAAGAAAGGAGCUCGGAGGUGAACC